CUUCCACUUCGAUCCUUCGCGAGGCCCACCCACCACUAGAUAUCAGAGUCGUUCCCUGCUGCGCUUUACAGUGCAUCGGACGCUCUCCUCUCUGUCCUUCUUCAUUUGCAGAUGCCAGUCCCCGUCCCUACCCGACAACCGGCGCAUCCAGUUCAUAAGUACUCCAAAACUGAAGACGCUUCAAAGUCUCACUCUUCCGUUUUCCAUAAUCUGAAGCACACCCUACCUGUCUCCCCGACGGGCCCACCGCCGUCUUUUGGCAGCCGUGAUCAAUGGAUCAAUUCCUUGCCUUCUUGGAGGAGGACCAAAACUCGCCGCAUUUGGGAGGACGACGCGCGUUCCACUUCUGAAGAACGGAGAGAACGGGAUUUUUACCAAGGGUUGACUAGUACGGCCGACGUGCAAGUCAGUAAAGGAAAUCAUGCGGAGGCAUGUCUUCCGCCCCUGAAUACCUUCCCUAAAAAAUGUGCCUUGAACACUUCCCCAAGUGAUGUUGACCAGCCAAUGCAUGCUGAGCACAGGACCUCUGCAUAUGCCUCCGCCUGGGGUACUGAGAGCUACGACAGUCCGGAUAAUUCCUCUACACACGACUACGUAUGGCCUCGGUUCGCACCUGUCUUGGAGGAUGACUCUGACGAUAUGAUGAAUGGCGGUUCUAGUCCCAUCGGUCCUAUGACUCCUUUCACAGAGUACGUGGACCGUGUAAUCGCCACAUCCGCAGGAACAACGGUAUCCGACCAAAUCCCGCUCAGACAAGAUAAUUCAUAUCAAUAUGGACUGCAUUCCUAUAAUAUGGUGGACUAUCAGUACACAGACCAGAUCAAACAAGAGUCGGUCACUUCGGUUGAUUCGCCGCCAUCUGCGUCAAUGAAGUACAAGAUGUUCGCGGAGCCAAUGGCGGACUGGAUCGUUUCAUAUGUCUGGAAAGUUUGUAAGAAUUCAAUUGUCCUUCCGCCUGCAGUUUCUCGCUACACUCCUGCGAUGAGCGGGCAGCAGCCAGCCCCUACAGCUCCAAUGCAUUUGUCUGCCUCAGUUCACUCUCUUCUAAUGUCGACACUUCUACAACCAUCUGCUGUGUUACUCGCCAUGUGGUACAUCGCUCGAUUACCAGUAUACUUUAGCGGGGUCACUUCAGGGUUAGGGGUAAAGGAACGAAAAUUUAGUGCUGAAUUGCUUGAUACAACCGGCGGAAUUGACGGGAAAACGUUGGAGGCCAAUGCUACAUUCCGACUCAUUGUGCUUGGAUUCAUGCUGGCAAACAAGUGGCUUGAUGACCAUACCUUCUCUAACAAGACAUGGCACACCAUCUGCAAACUUCCUGUCCACUCGCUAAAUAAGCUCGAGUCGCUCGCCCUGGAUAUUCUUUCUCAUGACCUGACAAUAUCACCUGCUGCUUGGCGCCAGUGGCUGGGGCAUAUGUUUUCGUAUCAUGUCUCGCUCUUGCCUCCUCCAUACGCCCAGCCAAUUUCCCGUCCCUCCUCGAAUCCUCAAUCGAUCGUUCGGAAAGUCAUUGAAGAGAUCAUGGAAGCACCUCUUACGCAUCCCAGUUCGGAGCCCGUCUUCCUCAGCUUCGAGCAGAGGAGCAAGACAGAGCUCAAUGGGGCAGAAACGUGCAGUGAAGCUUCCCAGGAAGCCUAUGACAUCGAUCUCGAUGAGGAUGGACCGCUUCGGGAAGAGUAUUUGCCAAAGCGCCGCGUGAGCAAUGGCAGUGCUGCAAGUCGACACAGUUCACAACUGGCUUCAAGGGUUGAGGUCGAGCGGAGGGAGCUUCGCGAGUCCGCGACCGGCCAAAAUUGGAACGCACUUCCCCCUCCGUCCAAAUGGAGCCCGGCAGCUGAUGAGCCCAUUCACCGCGCUGGCGACCGUCCUGCGUUAUACAUGCCGGUCCAGCCACCAGCGGUGUGCUGGGCGCCUGCAGUCACUUACGUGCCUGUUAAACUCGCUCCGGAUUAUUCUAGCGUCCCGUAUUCCAAACUAGCAGCUCCUUCGAACGAUUACUGUUACUCACAGUCUGUCAUCGCUCAACAGCCCUCGCAGCCACGUUGUAACGCCGAUGCAUUUUCCCCGCCUAAUUCUGGCUACUCGUAUCCGAUUGGCUUUGACUACCAGUGCGGUCACGUUCGCAUGUCAUUCGAUGGAGCAGGUUACCCCUCUCAACCAAUGACAAAUUCUAAUUGGCUGUCAACUGAGGCAUAUGCAUUCCCCGCACCUCGAGUUCUUUUUGGCCCCCAUCCGUCUAUCAAUUACCAGUCGUCCUGGGUUCGUGCUUGAAGAUAUGUUUCUGGACCAGAUGCUAGCGUGCGCAUCUUAGAUCUCAAUUUCUCAUGUUUUCCGGCUCUUAACACUACUGCAAUCGAUCCGACGGCACCGCUUACGUGCCGCUCCAUAAUUCCGCUCCCUCUGUCCGUCCUUUCGCGGUUGUCAAUACUGGAUUUUUUUUUCUUUGUCGCCGGCACUGUCUAUACAAACACGAUCCCCACCCU